UUUAUGUUCCUAUAUAAUUCUUUUGUUCCAGUAUCAUUACCUCUCAAAGGAAUGAUAGAUGUCUUUCUGAAUGAGCACUUUAAAACUUGUCAGGUUUCCCUUUUGGGUGAUCUCAAGGAUGGUCCCCUUAACUGUGCAGUUAUCAUACAUAGCUGAGCUGGGCUGGAACUUUCAAGCACGACUAUACUAAAUGAUCAGAGGGGAAGUGGCCAAAGGAUAAUAUAUAUCUGCCUGGGUAGGGAUCUCAAAACUCAGGCAAUUAACAAAGGUGAUGUGGGUAGUUUUAAGAUAGUAGGUGCAAACUGUCUGUAUUGAGUGCCAGCAUAGCUUAGCUGCCUAGUUACAUUGCCUAUUAAACCACUGUGCUGGCCAGACUAAUCAGCUAAGUAGUGCAUGUUGGAGUUAGGCUGCCAGUUGUCAGACUUUGGGAUCCAAUACAGGAGAUUACUGGCCUUAAGCUCUUCAGUGUGGGGUUCCUGCCUAAAACCAGCUUGGCCUUCUCAGUGGAACAGGAUCUUCCCCUCCCACUUUGUAGUGCCAUCUAGAUUUCAUGUCCAGAAACACAGGAAUCCUCUUUCCUGCCUAAGGCCUGCCUCCUGUGCUCCUGUUUCCUGUGGAUGCCCUGCCUCUUCUGAGAAUGUCAAGACUAGGAAUGUCUGCCUCUUUUAUAGGAGAUCCUGCUGCCACCCACAGGAAAGCAGCCAGCUAUGUCCUCUGCAAGAUAGUCAUGCAGAAUGCAACAUGGCGAGCCCAGCACCAGGACAAGGAUGCCCACACUUUUUUUCUUUGAGGAGGAGGGCUUUCCAUGGGUUCUGUGUGAGUUAUGCAUUGACAGUGGGCAGGGGUUGCCCUUGAGAGCAGACCCAAGUGUUCCUAGCAUUAGAAAAAUUUCUCUGAGAUUGCAGAUUGCUAUAUGAGAUUACAGAUUGAUUUAUUUUGUGACAGUAUCUUAGGAGUUCAAUUCCUGGGCAUCAAACCCCUGAAUCCAGUCAUUCUGGGACAGCUAAGUACCUGCAUUUCAAGGCUAAAGAGACUGUCCCCCACCCCCAUGGAUCCUCUGCUUUCUCCUUGCAUCACCUGCCUCACACAAAUGUUUCUGUUCCUAAACCAAAAGGCAAAUGAGUGGCGUUUCAAGUUUGAGAACUUGAUGUUUACAGAGAAUACAGCUCAGCACAAGGCAAAGAACCACCAGGAGGAAGUGGGCCAUUCUACCACUUGUUGCCACGAUGCUGGCCACCCGCCUCUCCAGACUCCUGUCACAGCUCCCAGGAAAAACCCUCAGUAUGUAUGACAGAGAACAUGGAGCAAGACGCCCACUGUUGUUUUGCUCUGCCUCCUUUAUCCCAGUGAGCCGGACAUAUGCUGGUGAGGUGGACCCGGUUGGCAGCAAAGCUGUCCUGGUCACAGGCUGCGACUCUGGAUUUGGGUUCUCCUUGGCCAAGCACCUGCACUCAAAAGGCUUCCUUGUGUUUGCUGGCUGCUUAAUGAAGGACAAAGGGCAUGAUGGGGUUCAGCAGCUGGACAGCUUGAACAGUGACCGACUGAGAACCAUCCAGCUCAAUGUCUGCAGCAGUGAGGAAGUGGACAAAGCGGUGGAGCUUGUCCGCUCCAGCCUGAAGGACCCCGAGAAAGGGAUGUGGGGCCUGGUUAACAACGCGGGCAUCUCGACAUUCGGGGAGGUGGAGUUCACCAGCAUGGAGACAUACAAGGAGGUGGCAGAUGUGAACCUCUGGGGCCUGGUUCGGACGACGAAAUCCUUUCUCCCCCUCAUCCGAAGGGCCAAAGGCCGCGUCGUCAACAUCGGCAGCAUGCUGGGCCGCAUGGCCAACCCCGCCCGCUCCGCGUACUGCAUCACCAAGUUCGGGGUAGAGGCUUUCUCUGACUGCCUGCGCUAUGAGAUGCACCCCCUGGGUGUGAAGGUCAGUGUGGUGGAGCCCGGCAACUUCAUCGCUGCCACCAGCCUCUACAGCCCCGAGAGCAUCCGGGCCACUGCCAAGAAGUUGUGGGACGGGCUGCCUGACAUCGUGCGCAACGACUACGGCAAGAAGUACUUCGACGAGAAGAUUGCCAAGGUGGAGAACUACUGCAACAGCGGCUCCACGGACAUGACCCCCGUCAUUGAUGCCAUCACACACGCCCUGACCGCUGCCACACCCUACACCCGCUACCACCCCAUGGACUACUACUGGUGGGUGCGAAUGCAGAUCAUGACCCACUUGCCCGGAGCAAUCUCCGACAAGAUCUACAUACACUGACAGUUUCACCAGGGCCGCUGUGGGGGAGCCCUGGCCGGAGGGAGGGCGGAGGAGGGCGGCUCAAAUGGUGAGGUCCACUUGAGUCUUCACGUGUGUGUUAUCAUUGUCCCAAGGGAACCCAUUGCUAGUUUUAGCAUUGACCAGAGGGAACAACCCCGCCUGACUUGUUUACCUUCACAAACAGAGUGUAUAGCGGCGGGCAGGGGCCACUGAGCCUCAGAGCAAAGAGGGUGCAUCCGUCUAUCUGGAAUUCAUUUCAUACAGAGGUUUUGGGAAAACAUCAUUAUAUUAAAAACAGAUUUAUUAUAGAAUAGAAUCCAGAUCCUUUUACAUCCUUAAGCCAAAAUAUCACUUCAAACAUUUUAUCUCAUUUGAUCCUUAAGCCAGCCCCAUGAGUAAAAAGGACAGAUUUUUUUUUCUGUAAAAACAUGAAGAAUCUGCAGCUCAAAAAGGAUACAUAAAAUAACCCUUUUAUUGCUUAUAAA